CCCGAAGUUCACUGCGAUCAGCUGAUUCGAGCUUUGGGAAGUCGGUAGGGAACCGGCUGGGCAGCGCAGUGACUGUAUUUUAUUUCCCUCCGAUUGUCUGCCCGGUCUCCUGCUAUGUCUUUUAGGGGCGCCGCGAGAGGUGACGUUGUAACCGGCUUCUAGGAGGAGCUGCUAUUAUUCCUGAGUCACUACCGGGUGCUGGGUUCAGUUUGUAAACAAUAGGUCUCUACUGUGCUUACCGUGUCCUGGUCUCAAUUAAUCUAUCCAAGACUCCGCUGGCUUUCUGUGUCUUUGCCUACUAGGCCCUGGGUCCAGGUCAACAGUCUUCCAGACUCCUACUGGAGCGAUCAGUAGUCUCCGUAUAUGGGUUUGAGUACCUGCUAUUAAUUUGCUUUCGUUAUAUGCUUUCUCUGUUUAAAUUUACCGAUAACGAGACUAUCCAACAAGUAGAUGCUGUUUCAAUAUUUAUAGCAACUUGAACGUAUCUUUGUACAGAUACUUUUUAUACGUAAUCUUCAUUUAAUAAUGACAUCACCUAUCCAAUGUCAUGCCACUCCAAUCUUAUUUUAAAAUUUAUCUUAUCACUUUAUAAUACACGUUUACCCCUAGUGACCCUAAGGGCACCUUACUGAAAUAGAAUGUUGUUUUUUGUAGGUAGAUUCACCUAGAUGGUUCCUUUUCCCUGGAAUUGUUAGGACGAUUUCUCCACAUCAGUUGUCAACAGGAUAUAAAUAUCUCAGGUGGAAAGGCUUUUACACACUUUAUUUUAUUCGUCACAAAUUACAUUUGGCCUUCUAAUAACAAUAUUUUGCAUUAUGUUUUAAUCAAGUAUAUUUCUGCUACAUACAUUUUUAUUAACCCCCUUAUAUUUUUAUAUGCAUAUUUAACAAACUUGCAAAUGCAGCCCUUCUGUUAAUAUUUCCUUUAGGAUAUAAUACUUUAUUUUGAAAGGCAGCUGUUUGCUAUUUUGUUAUAGUCUGAUAAUCCAGUUUGCCUAUUUAUAUUUCUAUAUAAAUAUAUUUUUAGCUAAAAAUUAAACUAGAGGAUCUCCUAUUCUGAGACGGUGUAAAUCUAUCAUUAUCUAUCCACCUGUCCUUAAUCUGCUUGUGUUUGUUCUCUUGAUAUAUUUGUAAAAUGAGUGCUCAUGGGCCAGCAGCAAAUAAAUGUGGGGUCCCUGGCAUUAUGUGUCAGGAAAAUUUUGCCUGUGGUGGUAAUGAAGAAGCGGUUUUUGAAUGUGAUGAAUGUAAUAGUAUGCAAUGCCAGCAGUGUGAAGAAGGACUGCACAAACAAGAGAGGCUACAAAACCAUGAAAGGACCCACAUAACCCCCGGCUAUGUCCCUUUCUGUGGAGCUUGCAAAGUCACUAGUGGGACUACAGGCAAUAGACAGCGGGCAUCUGUUAGGUGCUUGUCCUGCAAGAUCAACCUCUGUACUGAAUGCCAGAAGCGAACACACUCUGGGGGAAACAAGAGAAAACAUCCACUGACAAUAUACCAAGUUCCAAAGAGCAGUGAUUUACAAGAUAGUGUAAAGGUAGAUGAGGAGAUGCAAAGAAAGAAAUUGACGGAAAAUGUUGUCAGUUUUCUACUUGUUGAUGAAACUGAACAAAUUCAGGUUGAGGAUGAAGAUGAAUUUGUGAAAAAGUUGGACUGCAACCCAGAUGAUGUACUGAAAGUUGUUUCGAUUUUUGGAAAUACUGGAGAUGGCAAAUCACACACUCUCAACCACACUUUCUUUUACGGCCGUGAAGUAUUUAAGACUUCUCCUGCCCAAGAAUCAUGCACUGUUGGUGUAUGGGCAGCUUUUGAUCCAGUUCAUAAAGUAGUAGUAAUUGACACUGAGGGUUUGCUUGGAGCCACUGUUAACCUAAGUCAGAGAACACGUUUGCUGCUAAAAGUCUUGGCCAUUUCAGACACAGUCAUCUACAGAACUCAUGCCGAUCGCUUGCACAAUGACCUCUUCAAAUUUCUUGGGGAUGCUUCUGAAGCCUACUUGAAACAUUUUACAAAAGAGCUAAAAGCCACAACUGCACGUUGUGGUCUGGAUGUGCCACUAUCUACUUUGGGUCCAGGAGUCGUUAUCUUUCAUGAAACCGUGCACACCAAGCUUCUGGGGUCAGAAAAAGCCUCCGAAAUCCCAGAGAAAGUGAUACAGGACCGGUUCCGUAGGUUGGGUCGCUUUCCUGAAGCCUUCAGCUCUAUCCAUUACAAAGGGACAAGGACCUAUAAUCCACCAACUGACUUCUCAGGGCUAAGAAAAGCAGUGGAGCUGCAACUAGAGAACAACACCACCCGCUCCUCUCGUCAUCCGGGGGUCAUUUAUAAGGCUCUGAAGGCCCUAAGUGACCGAUUUAGUGGUGAGAUCCCUGAUGACCAGAUGACACACAGCUGCUUUUUUCCAGAUGAAUAUUUCACGUGUUCAGCUAUUUGUCUUAGCUGUGGCGCAGGAUGUAGGAACAGCAUGAAUCACUCAAAAGAAGGUCUUCCUCAUGAAGCCAUGAGCCGAUGCAGAUACUCCCACCAAUACGAUAAUAGAGUAUUUACAUGCAAGGCCUGCUAUGAAAGUGGGAAGGAGAUAAAUGUGGUGCCAAAAACUUCAGCUUCCACCGACUCUCCCUGGCUUGGCCUUGCCAAAUACGCCUGGUCUGGAUACGUUAUUGAAUGUCCUACUUGUGGAGUGGUCUACCGUAGUCGCCAAUACUGGUUUGGGAACCAGGAUCCAGUGGACACCGUCGUGAGGACAGAGAUCCAGCAUGUCUGGCCAGGAGCAGAUGGGUUUGUAAAGGACAACAACAAUGCUGCCCAGCGACUUCUAGAUGGCGUUAAUUUUAUGGCGCAGUCUGUGACAGAGCUGAGUAUUGGCCCCACUAAAGCAGUGACUUCCUGGCUGACUGAUCAAAUUGCCCCUGCAUACUGGAAACCCAAUUCCCAAAUACUGACAUGUACAAAGUGCAGAAUCCCUUUUAAAGACAAUGACACCAAACACCACUGCCGGGCCUGUGGAGAGGGGUUCUGCGACACCUGUUCAUCCAAGAGCCGCCCGGUCCCAGAGCGAGGUUGGGGUAUCUCACCUGUUCGUGUCUGUGAUAGCUGCUAUGAGCAGAGAGGAACUCCAAUAGAAACGAUUGACACAAUGGAAGAUGAAGAAGGAGGUACUUUGAUUGCAAGAAAAGUUGGAGAGGCCGUGCAGAAUACACUGGGAGCAGUUGUCACUGCUAUUGACAUUCCUCUAGGCCUCAUGAAAGAUGCGGCAAGACCUACAUACUGGAUCCCAGACCAUGAGAUCACAGACUGCCACAGCUGCAAAAAGGAAUUUAAUGUCAAACUGUCAAAACACCACUGUCGAGCAUGUGGCCAGGGUUUUUGUGGCGAAUGCUCAAAUGAUAGAAGACCAGUACCUUCUAGGGGUUGGGACCAUCCUGUGCGUGUUUGCAUUAACUGCAAUAAAAAACCUGGUGACCUUUAACAUCCUGUUUCCACUCCAAUCCUUCACAAUUCAGUAUGUUCUCAGGGCUUGAAACAAGUGGAACCUCUUCCAUUUUUAGGCUUGUUUACCAGUGCAUGUUUAACUUGUCAACUGUGGUCGCUGUCAUCAAUCCAUCUAUCUAGUCACAGAAUACAUCUAAAUAGCCUCCACCAGAGGACAAGAAGAUAAAAUCCGCACUUUUUAACAUUGGAAUUAAUACUGAAGUUUCCCAUGGGAUCAAGAAUAAAUGAUUUCAUAAGCACUUUGCAAAAUCAUAGAUGAUUUAAACGGUUUCUUACUGGAUCUAAAAUUAUUGAACAUUUAGCAUAUUAUGAAGUUUGAAACCUCAUUUUAAAAUUAGUGAUAAUCUCUGCUAUUAUGUAUCCAUUGCCAAUAGGAGUUAUGCACUUUAUUUCAGCAUGUCAAAGCUCAAAAUCUUAUUAAUAUGUUUCAAGCAUUUGCUUACAUUUAUAGUUCCUGUAAAGUUGGCAUCUAAUCAUUAUUAGAACUUCUGUCCUAACACAACGGACAAUGUAAAAGUCUGUGCUAUAAUGCAGAUUCCACAAAAAAAAAAACUUUCAUUAUUUAGACAAAGCAUGUGAUUUUAACCCUUUUGUGCCAGGGUUAACGUACAUCGGAACAACUGUUCCAAUGUAAACAAAUUGAAAUCUUGCGAUCGUGCGUGUGAUCAUGAGAUUUCAAUGAUGGGAUCGCAUCAAGGGGGCGUCCCUAUGAUGCUAGGCACACCCUCCAGAUCGGGAUCCCAUCAGGGAAGCGCCAGUGGCUUCAGGAAAGCCAAGCAGUUAGGACGUUGUAUUUCCAAAUAUCUUGUUUAAAUAAACAAGAUUUUAAUCCCCAAGAUAUAUAAACAGUUUGUGAUCUGCAAGAGUAUUGCUCUUAACACACCUAUGAUAGCCAAAAAAUUAAAUGUCAGUUUUCUGAUAUACUGUGGCAUCACAAUUUGUUUGACAAAAAUCUAUUUAUAAUGUACAUUAUAUCCAUGUAAUGCUGCUUUCAUUCAUUUUUUUUUUAACUCAGUAUUUAUUUAUUUUUUAAAUUAAGACACCAAUGUUGUGCUUAUUGCUACACAAAUGACUCUGCUAUAGUUGCCCAGUGUGUGCUGUAUUUUCACCUAGAACAAUAAAAAAGGGCACAUUUAAGACAUGACAUUUCUUCUUGGCUACAGUUGAUACUAUUUUUGACAGAUCUUACCUAUGUUUUUUUUUUUUUUAAAUCAAACUCCCAUAAUGUUAUAAUCUACAUAACAAAACUAGUAAUUUUAUUUUGUUUUGUUAUUUAUGUAUGUGCCUUUUUGUCAUUGUUUUUAAAAAUGAAAAUAGAUAAUUCAUUACCUUGGUUCACUUUUUUUAAUAUUAUUAUGCACAGAGGUAUUUCAAAAGUUGUCAAAUUUGAAAAGAUAAAUUACUACAAAGUUGUAGUACUAUGAAUUUGCACAACACCCUAUAUUCAUAUUAAUGGAAUCAAUGAAUCGCAUAUGUGUAUAUAAUGUAGGUAGACAUGUCUGAAACAAAUGAUCUAGAUCCCAAUUUCACAGCAUUUUACAAACAAUAAAAUAGUUACUAACGUGAACAUAGUACCACUUGACCCAUUCUUAGAAUUCUUGUUAUUUAUAUGAUUAAUUUUUCAUGAUCCUUGUUAAUCAAACAGCAUGUAAGCCAAGAUCAUGUCUAAACCCACAAAGAUAUUGAGAUUUAAUCCUCUAGAUAUUAAUGUUUGUUAACCAAAUAAAUUAAAUCAUCAUAAUAAACGCAAUCUGAAACUUGAAGAA